UUAUUGCGUCACGGGGGGCGGUGACGGCUCCUUCAGCAGCGGCGGCAGCGGGACGGGCCCCGGGCUCCGUCAUGGAGAGUGCGAGCCAGGAUAUCAACCUUAACUCUCCCAACAAAGGUCUCCUGUCCGAUACCAUGACAGAUGUGCCCGUGGAUAACGCAGCCUCGGCCAGGAUGUCCACACCCGAAGGGCUGACUCUAGCUGAAGAGGAGGAGUUGAGAUCUGAGCUUGCCAAGGUUGAAGAAGAAAUUGGCACUCUGAGACAAGUUCUGGCUGCUAAAGAGAGGCACUGUGGAGAGCUGAAGAGGAAGCUGGGCCUGACUCCUUUGGAUGGCUUAAAGCAGAACCUGUCCAAAAGCUGGCAUGAUGUCCAAGUCUCCAACGCUUAUGUGAAAACAUCUGAGAAACUUGGAGAGUGGAAUGACAGAGUGACACAGUCUGACUUAUAUCUUUCAGCCAGCAGCACACUGGAGGACUGGAAUGAGAAAUUAACUCAAUCAGAAGCUUAUAAGAAGACCCAGGAAACCCUUUCCCAGGCAGGACAGAAGACUUCAGCAGCCCUGUCCAACGUAGGUUCUGUUAUCAGCAGGAAAUUUGGUGACAUGAGGGCUCACCCCUUCUCCAACUCCUUUAGCAGCUACUCCAUUCGCCACUCCAUAAGUAUGCCAGCCAUGAGGAAUUCUGCAACCUUCAAGUCAUUUGAAGAUAGAGUUGGGACCAUAAAGUCCAGAGUGGUGGGCAGCAGGGAGAACAGCACUGACAGCCUCCACUCCCCCUCAGGGGCUGGGGACAAGCCUCCACAGGACAACACUCCCUUCUAGAUCCAGGACCUGGCUUUACAAGGCUGACCACAGCUGAGAGCCAGCCCCUUCCCUUUCAAAUCUGCCCAACAGCAACGACACAACCAAUCCAAGAAGGGGCUGUGAGAGAGCCAGUCUGGAGAGAUCCAUCAUCCAUUCAUAGACACUGCUGCUGGAUCUAUCUGCAUCAAAUCAAGAGAAUGCAAUGUUUUGUACACAGAUAAUAUUUUACACUAAAGUUUGUAGAUGAAGUGUUAUCACUGCUGUCCUUUUGGGAGAGCAGCUAAGAUAGUUUCCUUCAAGUAGCUCAGAAAUGCCAUUGGUAGAGAUGAAAACAAAUCAGUUUUGUGGGGUUGGUUUUUUUUUCCUCUUGUCUGACAUAACUUGGAACUGAGCAGUGUGAGGAGGGCAGUUACUGGAGAAGCCCAAGUGCAUGAGCAUCUCAGCUUCAGCUUCUGGCUGUCUUUUCCCUCCAGAACAUACCAUGCAGCUACUCCCUGAGCUUCUCCUCUUACUGUUUUCUCUGGCUCUGAACUGGAGCAGUCUGGUGAAUGGGGUAAACAGUUGAGGUGGUGUGUUUGGUUUUGUGGUUUGGUUUGGUUUGCUUUCUGGGCUCCCACCAGGGAAACUUCACUUAGCAGCUGCCUCCUUGUUACACUAAUGCUCUAGCUUUAACAAAACUAAAAACCUUUAUUUUUCAAUGCAAUGAACUUUAAAGAAAUAAAAGCUUAAAACAAAACCAGCCAAAAAAAGAAGUAAUAAUAAUAAUAAGAGAAGCUUUGACAUCAUCUUAGGACUCUGCAACUGGACUGCAAGCCUUACAUCACCUUGUGCUUUACUUGUUGAUGGGGUUGGGUGUUUUUUUGUCUCUAGAGGAGGUUGUAAAGCUGGAGUGUUGAGCACUGGAGUUCUGCAUCAUCCCCCAGCAGCAGCAUGCUUGUGAGCCAGUCCUUGUGUUCAGUUCAGUGGUGCACUCUGCUCCAUGUGGUGCACUCUGCUUCCUGGGCGUGCCAAACUCGCUUCUCCCUUCUCAGUUUGCACCUUGGUUCUUGGAGGAGAAAUGGCAGAAUGCUGCUGGUGACAGAGCCACCUCUACAAGGCCAACACUAGCAAUAUGGACACUGUUGAAGGGGCUCUGCUCUUCUGGGGCUUCUCCAGCUCCUCCAACUGCCUGGGACUGGAUGAGUGUUUGUGUUGGUGGCCCCAGCUGUAAUUUUUUGGCUUCUACAACUGGCUGAGAGUCACAGAGCUCACCUGGUUCCCUCAGGAGCUGGAUGGUUUGCUCUUUUGACGUCCAACUUCUUCACUGCUCAGGAGCUGAAGAAUUCUGAGUGUUCUCUUAGAGGCCUGAUCUUAUUCUAGGUGAGGUGCCUCCAGUAGAAGUACCUGGAGUGAGCAGUUCUGUGCCUUAGAGGCAAAGUGGGACUUAACUCAGGCCUUUAGACUUGCUGAUGUACAUAGAGGGGUAGCUGUAGUGGUUUUUCACCCUGGAGGAACUCAACCUUUUCUGACCCUUCUUUAGAGGAGCAAGUUUUUGACACUUAACCUGGUUGAUAAACCCCUUUUCCCCCUACCCCCUGCUCCCCUCCCUCUGCAGACCUGGGGACACAGGGUGACAUUAGAAGGCAGAUGUACUGGGUAGUGGUGGUGGUGGGGGAGCAUCCUUUACUGGUGCUCCCUGUUGGCAACUGGUUUUCCUUGCAAGGAACAGAGCCAGUGAAACUGGGACAGCUGGGGCUUGGGUGUUGAACUGUUUCUACAGAUAACUAGUGAGGAAACUUGUUAAUAAAGCAUUCCUUUGGGAGAAAAA